AUGUCGUCAACAUCGGCCACGCGCUUCAUAACCGCACUGCUCGUACUCAUCUUCCAUAUCAGCAGCACCACAGCUGGUUUCGCAUGGCGCAGCCACAGCGACGUGUCGCCUGAGCCCAUUAGGCACGCGCAUGCGCAACCUUCAGUAGCCGUCGUGAACCACAUCAAGGAUGCACUUGAUAUAGUCGACGAAUUGCGCAGCCUGCCAACACCUUGCAAGCAUCGAGCGGGCACAAACCUGAUUGACUUCUGCUUAAAUUACCACGACGCUGGUUCGCGAGGCAUCAGUGAUGCCGUAAUUGACAACGCCGAACAGCUCUUUGCUAUACACAUGGUCCAAUGCGGUCUCGAGGAGGCCCUCCAGGAGUGGAAAUCAGAGUGUCGGCCACUUUCGACUAUGGACCUUCACAGCCCUAAUCUUGGGCGCCAGCUUCGUAUCUGUAUGGAUGCUCUUUACCAGGAUAGCCAGGCGUGGACGACUUUCGAGAACACCAAGAGCCGCGGUCUUUCUGUGUGCCGGCAACUGCGAAACGAUGUCGCAAAGGACGAGCAGCUUGAGCUGUUUACUGCUCUCUUCGAGACACUUUUUGGCCUAAAUCAUACGAUGGCGCAGCAUCAGGCCAGUUUCGAAGGCUUUCGCGAGCAGUUCAACAACCUGAAAGCUGCGGUACACGACCUACAAGACGACCUUCUUGCCGAGCACGAGACGCUGUUCGCUCAGAUGAAAGAAUCUCAGAACAACAUUAAGAAAGACGCAGCAGAGAUCGCAACCGAGAUGGGAAUGGUUCGACAGGCCAGCAGCGAAAUCAAUGGCAUCUUCGAACAUUUCAGGGACUACAAAUCUCAAAUGGACGAGCACCUUCAGACCGGAAUGCUCAAGUACGGGGAAGAACUUGAGAUCGCUCUGAGCAAGCAUCAGUACGACUUGCAGCUAGUUCUCGCCAGCGUUCAUCGGAAUGUGUAUGAGUUCACGGGGAGUGUUCAAAAUGCGAACGAGGUCGUGCAUAGCCUCUCUGGAAAUCUGGAAGAUAUCAGAUACGGUCUUGCCGCAUCCUUGGAGCAGGUGGGACUGGUACAUACUCAAAUGGACGUCACAGCGAGCAAGCAACAAAGCAUAGGUCGACAAGUCGACGACAUGCAUUCUACAAUCAAUGCUACCCAGGAGCGCCUAGAAGGUCUGAAUAAGGCUGCUGGACCUUUUCUCGAUCUCUAUGAGAGAAUACUCGGCUUUUCUACCUGGACAUUCGCAACUUGCCUGACUUUCACCACUUACUUCAUCCUAGCGACUUGCGCUGCUAUCUGCAUGUUCUGGCCUUCCUCAAUCAAAGGAUUUCUAGUAGCUAUCGCAGCUGGACUAGGUAAGAGUCACACUAACUUUGUCACAGGCACUGCGGUGAAUCUCACGAGAUACUGCGGACAUCCUUUUGAAUUGGUACGCAACCUGCUCAGUGGAGAACCAGGCAUCGCCGGAAACUCGACCUGGACAAGUAGCUCUUCUGUGGCAAUGUUCCUGCUGGGCGCAUUUGCUGGUGCGUUGGUCGCGAAGGUCGUUCUCAACUAUCGAGCACAAGUCUACGAUCCGGAAUCUCCGCCACAGUACGCGCCAUCUCAUGACUACUACUAUCAAGAGUCUCCCGAAGAUAUGCUCGAAACUGGUAGCACGAUGCGCGGCAAGAGCGAUCAAUACUACGCCGACUGA